AUGUCUUCCUCAUCCACUCAGUCCAACGUCGGCCGCGGCGCCUUCUACGAAGCCGGUGACCAGCGCAACGCUCCCCAGUCCGAGAUCAACCAGCAGGAGAGAUACGAGGCCGGUGAGAAGGCCAGCCACAAGAACCUUGACUCCAAGGACCAGCGCUCCAUCGCCAACAGACUCGCCGCCCAGAGCAAGGAGGACGACCCCUCAUCGCACCACAACCGAGACUUCCAGCCUGAGGCUGAACUCAGCAAGAAGGAUCCCGUCAAGCCUGCCAAGCUCCACGGCAACGAGCCUUCAAAGGGCGCGAAGAUCGACAAGGAGCUGCAGGAGGACGAUGAGCAGCGUCUGCGCGAGAAGGGAAUCAAGAAAUAG